GGAGUUUCCCCGAUCAACUUUCUGUAUCCUUUCAUCGACGACAGAGCUUCAACAGGGUUGCAGUGGCGUUCUCUUGAGCGGUCGUCUUCUUCUUCCCCGAUGCAAAGGAAUUCAGGAGGUUUAGCAGGGGGAGAAUUACCCCUGCUUGAAUCAAACACCCUCUGUUGAAGAUGUUGGAUUUGGAAAGCAAUCGGACCUCG